CCUCUACUCAAUUUGUCCCGCAACAGGCGAUUUGAGCGACUGAGCCUAUACUAUCCCUUUCAUUUCGGUAUAUAGUUUCCUACCGAGGAAUUUCUCAUUGGAAUCUGCCAGCGCUGGCUUGGAAUUACUGGUCACCGCUAGGCCUGUCGCAAUCAUGAGUGGUGGAUGGAACACCAUCGAGUCCGAUGCGGGUGUCUUCACCUCGCUCAUCGAAAAUCUCGGCGUCAAAGACGUCCAGUUCGAAGAACUCCUAACACUCGACCCCUCCGAGCUCCUCACCCUCCAGCCUGUCUACGGCGUCAUCUUCCUGUUCAAGUACCCGACCGACCAGCCCUAUGCGACACCAGAGGGCCCCCGUGACGGCUCCUUUGACCACUCGGCCUCGGAGAAUAUCUUUUUCGCUGCCCAGACGAUCCAGAAUGCGUGCGCCACGCAAGCGUUGCUGAGUGUGCUGCUCAACAAGACGGACGACGUCGAGAUUGGCGAGAAGCUGGGCGAGUUUAGAGAGUUUACUAUGGUGCUUCCGCCCGAGUUCCGUGGUGAGGCCCUUAGUAACUCGGACCUCAUUCGUGAGGUGCACAACAGCUUCGCCCGUAGCAGUCCCUUUGCCGACGAGACGGACAAGACGGGCGCUGAAGCUGAGGAUGCGUUCCACUUUAUUGCCUAUACACCCAUCAACGGGACCCUGUACGAACUGGAUGGCCUUCAACCGGCUCCCAUCUCGCACGGUGCCUGUACAUCGGACAACUUUGCCAGCCGCAUGGUCGAAGUGCUACAGCGCCGUAUCGCCCGCUAUGAUGCUACUGAGAUUCGCUUCAACCUCCUUGCCAUGUGUCGGGACCUGCGACAGCGCGCACGUGACUUUGGCGACGAGGAGUUGCUGGCACGAGAAGAGCGCAAGCGACGAGACUGGGCAUUUGAGAAUGCGCUGCGGAGACACAACUUUGUGGGCUUUGCGGGCGAGGUUCUCAAGGGGGUUGUGCGAGGCAAGAUCGCUGAGGGAGGUGAUGAGGCUUGUGAGAAGUGGGUGAAGGAGAGUCUGGAGAGAAGAAAAAAUGCCGAGCAGGCCCUGAGAGGCCGAGGAGGAGGAGGCGGUGAUGGCGACGGUGAUGUUGAUAUGGGAGUUUAAGUGAUGGCAAUGAGGAUUAAGAUACCAUGUCUCGCGGCCGGCGAAGGGCAAGCUAGAGCUUUCUGAUACCACUGUCCAUGAUGUAUGUUUUAAGGGCUGACGCGGUGCUUCUUAGACGCAAAGAAACAGGGAGUUGUACGGAUCAUGACACUUGAGCACAGCAUUCAACAAGGCGUACAUGAUUUUGAUUUCUCAUUUCUAAACUAGUUACAUUGCUACACGGCAUCUAUCAACCCCGUCAGUCGUCUCAUCUCAUCUAGCUCUCUGUCUCUGGUGUAUCGUCUGUCUCUCUAUCUGAGUGGAUUCUAUUCCAUUGACAUGACGACACCUUCUUCCGAGCUGUUCAACAGCUUGUAUAUAUCAUCAUUAUGCAGAGUAAAAA